CCGACUUGAGACUACCAAGAACUGCUCCAAACUGCGGUGAGAAUUGAGAACCACUUGCCAUCUGUCCUAGACACCUUCCUACUGCUUCCCUGAGGACACGGUCCAACUACAUCCUUGUUAUGGCCUGCAAAUGAGAGAGGGAAAGGGCAGGACACAGACUGCAAGCUGGGACACAUGGAUGCCAUGGAUGUGCCUAUCAAACAGGGUGCAGCUAAGAGCUUGUACCUGGGCUGAGUCUUCCCUAGAGGUUGCUUGGAACAUGAUGCACUACUAAGAAAACCAUUUCAACACCAGGCUACCUCAGGGCUCUCUGGGACUUAGGGUGACCUCAUUUCACAGGAUCCAGAAUUCGUGGUACCAACUGCACCUCAAGGACUGUGUUCGGUUUUGGUCUCACUUUAAAAAGGACAUUGAGAUGCUGGAGCAGGUCCAGCAAAGGGCAAUAAGGCUUGUGAAAGAUCUAGAAAACACAUCCUAUAUGGAACAGCAGAGGGAGCUGGGGUUUUUUAGUCUAAAGAGGAGGCUAAGGAGAGACCUCAUUGCUCUCUACAACACAUGAAAAGAGGCUGUAGUGAGAUCGGCGCCGGUGUCUUCACCUGUGUCUGCAGUGACAGAACUAGAGGAAGUGGCUUUAAGCUAGACAGAGGAGAUUCAGAUUAGAUGUUAGAAUUUUUCCCCCCACUGUUAUGGUGGUCAGGCAUUUGAAUAGGCUGCCCACGGAGGUGAUGGAGUCCCCAUCUCUGGGGGUGUUUAAGCAUCUGCAUCUGGCACUGGGUGAUGUGGUUUAGGGCUUACAGUGGUAGUGCUGGGUGGACAGUUGGACUGCACGACCUCAAACUUCUCUCCCAACCCUGAUGAUCCCAGGAUUAUAUAUGAUCCUCACAACCCUGCUCCUCUUUCCUCCUCCUCCACACACACACGCUGGCAGUGGCAGCCAACAGGUGCUUCUUUCUCAAACACUUGAAGGCCAUGGGCAAGAAAUGGAGAUGCCCGCACUCCGCCUAGACCAGAAGGAAGGUGCAACGACAGGUAAAUUUCCGAGCGUUCCAGUUCCGUGGGCUUUCCUCCGGGCCCCGCCCGGCGCCGCCUCACGCGGGGGCGGGGCCCGAGGGGGCCCGAGCUGUGGCGGCGGAGGGCGGGCCGGAGGCGGCCGCUCCCGCUCCAAGAUGGCGGCGCAGAGGAGGAGUCUUCUGCAGAGUGAACAGCAGCCCAGUUGGACAGAUGACUUACCAUCCUGUCAUCUCUCUGGGGUGGGCUCAGCUCCAAACCGUUCCUACAGUGCAGAUGGCAAGGGGACAGAGGGUCACCCCUUGGAAGAUAACUGGUUAAAAUUCAGGAGUGAGAACAACUGCUACCUCUACGGUGUCUUCAAUGGUUAUGAUGGCAACCGAGUCACCAACUUCGUGGGUCAGAGACUCUCUGCAGAACUGCUGCUGGGCCAGCUCCAUGCAGAUCACAGCGAUGCUGACGUGCGUAGAGUUCUGCUGCAGGCUUUUGAUGUGGUGGAAAGAAGUUUCCUGGAGUCCAUUGAUGAUGCCUUGGCAGAGAAAGCCAACCUGCAGUCUCAGCUACCAGAGGGCGUCCCUCACCACCAGCUCCCUCCUCAGUACCAGAAGAUUGUGGAGAGACUGAAGGUUGUAGAGCAGGAGAUCUCUGGAGGAGCCAUGGCUAUUGUGGCUGUAGUUCUCAACAACAAGCUCUACAUCGCCAAUGUGGGUACCAAUCGGGCACUGCUGUGCAAGUCCACAGUGGAUGGGCUGCAGGUGACCCAGCUCAAUGUAGACCAUACGACAGAGAACGAAGAUGAACUUUUUCGCUUCUCUCAGCUGGGCCUGGAUGCAGGGAAAAUAAAACAAGUGGGAACUAUUCGUGGGCAGGAAAGCACUCGGCGCAUUGGAGAUUACAAAGUGAAAUAUGGCUAUACUGAUAUUGAACUGCUCAGUGCUGCUAAAUCUAAGCCCAUCAUAGCAGAGCCUGAAAUCCAUGGAGGGCACUUGCUGGAUGGGGUGACGGGCUUCUUGGUGCUCAUGUCAGAAGGGCUCUACAAAGCGCUGGAGGCAGCUCAUGGGCCUGGGCAGGCCAACCAGGAAAUUGCAGCCAUGAUAGCCACCGAGUUUGCCAAGCAGACGUCACUAGAUGCUGUGGCACAAGCAGUGGUGGACCGGGUGAAGCGCAUUCACUGUGACACUUUUGCCAGUGGUGGAGAGCGGUCCAAGUUCUGUCCCCGUCACGAAGACAUGACCCUGCUUGUGAGGAAUUUUGGGUACCCCCUCGGUGAGAUGAGCCAGCCCAUGCUGACACCAACGCAAGGAGGCCGUGUCUACCCAGUCUCUGUGCCAUAUUCCAGCUCCCAAAGCACAAGCAAGACAAGUGUCAUGCUGUCUCUUGUCAUGCCUUCUCAAGGCCAGAUGGUCAAUGGUACCCACAGCAGCUCAACUCUGGAUGAAGCCACCCCCACCCUCACUAACCAAAGCCCAACUGUGACGCUGCAGUCAACCAAUACUCACACGCAGAGCAGCAGCUCAAGUUCAGAUGGAGGUCUCUUCCGCUCCCGACCCACCCACUCGCUCCAGCCAGAUGAGGAUGGGCGUGUGGAGCCGUAUGUGGAUUUUGCAGAGUUUUACCGGCUUUGGAACAUGGACCAUGGCGAGCAGGGAGCACUGACUGUGUCCUAACGUGUGUCUGUCUCCUGCAGACACCUUGUGCUCAUCUCUGUGAGCAAAGACUGAGGCAAGAGUGAGAGUGUUCCACUGAGGGCUGCAUUCUGCCCAGAGCUAAUUCCUAUCCAGGAUGUGCUGCACACUGAGCAGGGGAUGUUGUGCACUACACACAGUGCCUGUGCCAUGCUCCCUAUCUUGCCCAGCCCUGGGAAGCCCUGUGAAUAGGGGAAGGGGUCUUGAAUGCAGCCCUCACUGCAGGUUUUUGCUAAUAAAGGUGCAGAGAGGGCUCCUUGUGGAUCAUGCAGGAGUAGGGCCUGUACAAAGGCUGCGUGUGUGUAGGUGUACAUGUGUGUGCCUCUGUGUGUGUGUGUGCGUGCUGUCAUAAUGUUUCCACAACUCAGUUCAUAAUGCUGUGAUUCCAGUGUUCAACUCCAUAGAAGAUACCUCUAUUUUGCAGAAUAAAUAACUUAUAGCUACAGUCA